CCACCCUACCCAUCGCUGUCCAUAGGACCGUAGCACCAAAACAAAGAGCAACCCAUCAUAUCGUCACUUCCCUAUAUAUUACCGGAAGAGAGAUCCCAUUUUCGCCAGAUCAAUUUCCACCAGAUCCAGAAAUACUACCUCAUCUCCCUCUCCAUACCCAACAAUGGGCUUCCCAUCAAACGGCAACGCAUCAGAUGCCGACAAGCCACUUAAGUUCCUCAUCUACGGUCGAACUGGUUGGAUCGGUGGUCUCUUGGGUAAGCUCUGCGAGUCUCAGGAUAUCGACUACACCUAUGGCUCCGGUCGCCUCGAAAACAGAGUCUCUCUGGAAGCUGACAUAGCCACCGUCAAGCCUACCCAUGUCUUCAACGCCGCCGGUGUCACUGGCAGGCCUAACGUAGAUUGGUGCGAAUCUCAUAAGGUGGAGACUAUUAGGACCAAUGUGGUCGGGACGCUUACUUUGGCCGAUGUUUGCAGAGAAAAGGGCCUGAUUUUGAUUAAUUAUGCUACUGGUUGUAUUUUCGAGUAUGACUCGAAUCAUCCUCUCGGGUCAGGUAUCGGGUUCAAGGAGGAGGAUACUCCGAAUUUCAUUGGAUCCUUCUAUUCCAAGACUAAAGCUAUGGUGGAAGAGUUGCUCAAGAAUUAUCAAAAUGUUUGUACUUUGCGAGUCAGAAUGCCAAUUUCAUCUGAUUUAUCUAAUCCCCGUAACUUCAUCACAAAGAUCACUCGAUAUGAGAAGGUAGUCGACAUUCCAAACUCAAUGACAAUCUUGGAUGAGCUGCUUCCCAUUUCCAUAGAGAUGGCAAAGAGAAACCUUACUGGAAUCUGGAAUUUUACAAACCCUGGUGUGGUCAGCCACAAUGAAAUUUUAGAGAUGUAUAAGAAUUAUGUUGAUCCGAACUUCACAUGGAAAAACUUCACUCUUGAGGAGCAGGCGAAAGUAAUAGUUGCGCCAAGGAGCAAUAAUGAGCUUGAUGCAUCCAAAUUGAGUAAGGAAUUUCCUGGAAUGUUACCAAUAAAGGAGUCCCUUAUCAAGUAUGUGUUCAAGCCAAAUCAGAAGACUGCUACUGCAUAAUGUCAUUAAGUUAUAGCCCGAAUGCCUGCCGUUAAGGGCUCUCUUGUUCUGCUUCAAGACAAUGAGAAUGACAAAAUGGUUCUUGAAUUUUAGGCUUCAAUUUUUUUUCCCUUACCUUUUGCUAUUUUUUUACUUCCUGCUCGUGAGGUUAAUGUGAUGCCUUAUAGGUUCCUGUUCCCAAAUCACACAUGAUUGCAGCUAUUGAUAUUUGAAUGUUGUAUUUGUAACUUGAUCGUCAAUAAAUUAGUUGGAAGUGAUUUAUCAGGUUAUAAAUAUUAUUUUUGAGAGUUUAUUAUAGUUGUAUGACAACAGCUUCAUUAUUGGCAAGUAAUAGGAUCUGUAUUGAUAAUUUGAA